AUGUCUUCGUCAUCCGACUUCCAGGGAUGGGUUGCUCACGACCCGUCAGCCGCCGACGGCAACAUGCAAUGGGGCGACUACACGCCCAAGGCGUUUGAAUCCACAGACAUUGAGAUGGAAAUCAGCCACUGCGGUGUGUGCGGUUCUGACAUCCACACUCUGCGAUCAGGCUGGGGCCCUUCAGACUACCCGCUGGUCGUCGGUCACGAAAUCAUCGGCAAGGUGACGCGAGUAGGCGACGCAGUGCAGGACGUCAAGGUUGGUGACCGCGUGGGCGUUGGCGCCCAGUCCGACUGCUGUGAGAGCUGCCGGCCCUGCAAGAUGAAGCAGGAGUCCAACUGCAACAGCUUCGUCAUGACAUACAACGCCAAGUACAAGACGGGCGACAAGGCGUACGGAGGCUACGCGAAGAAGUGGCGUGGCCCUGCCUCCUUCGCCAUCCCUAUCCCCGAGGGCCUGCCUUCAGAGUUCGCGGCUCCUCUCAUGUGCGGUGGUGUCACCGUCUACAACCCGCUUGUGACCUACGGUGCUGGACCCGGCAAGCGCGUGGGUGUCGUCGGUAUUGGAGGGCUGGGGCACUUUGCGCUGCUCUUCGCAAAGGCGCUUGGGUGCGACGAGGUGGUUGCCAUUUCGCGAUCGUCGUCCAAGAAAGCCGAUGCACUUGAACUCGGAGCCGAUCGCUUCAUCGCAACCGGCGAGGAUCCAGAGUGGAUGACCAAGAACGCUGGCGGCCUCGACAUUAUUAUUUCCACCGUCUCCGGCAGCUUCCCGCUGGACCAGUACCUCAACCUGCUCGACGUCAACGGCACCUUUGUGCAACUCGGCGCGCCCGACGACCCGCUGCCCAGCUUCUCGCCCAUGGGCCUCAUCUUCAAGAACCUCAAGAUUGCGGGCUCCCUCAUCGGCACCAGGCAGCACAUUGCCGACAUGCUGGAGCUGGCGAAGAAGACGGACCUCCAGGCUUGGGUCCAGGUCAGGCCCAUGUCUGAGGCCAACGAUGUCAUUGUUGAUUUCGAAAAGGGACUGCCCAGGUACCGUUAUGUGCUGAAGAACUAG